AUGUCACAAGCAUCAGGCACCGACAACGAUGAGCCUCCUCCGCAAAUUGACGCCGUAGGAUCCAUCGAAGAGGAAUUGAACCUUUGGCGAAGCUGCCACCAGGGAUGUAAGUAUCUCUCUUCCCUGAUGGGCGUCUGCGCCACUCCUUACCAGAACUGCAGCUCGAAUGCUGGGCCUUCACAGCCGUCAGGACCUCACGUACAAGGAAGCACACCCAAUGUUCCACCAGUCGGCGAUUUAGCUCCUGAGGGUGGAAAGGUCGUGGCAGAGAAGGACCAGCCAACUCUAAGCGAAUUUAUUGGACAUUCUCCAGGACUCCACGAUUGCGUCGAAGAUUGGAAAGGACAAACGGUCUCAUUUCUGGGGGGUGUACAAACGAGAGAGGAACAUGACGGCGAGUUCCUUGAGCGAUACACUACUGACAUGGACAUUGUCUUGAUCUUCUCUGGUCUUUUCUCGGCUGUCAGCACGACUUUCAUCGUCGCGAUGGAGUCUAAUCUCAGUCCUGACCCCAGCGACAUCACGAAUUCCCUUUUGAAGCAACUCGUGCAGAUCGGACUCGGCAACCUCGUUGAGCGCGGGUGUCGCCGUUGCUGUGAAAGAGUUGAGGACUGUAGCCAGCGAUAUGCUUGA